AUGCCCGAGAUCAAGCUCCGCAACCAACCAUUCGACGUCGCCUUCUCGCCCAGUGCGAAUGUGCUCUGCGCGGCCCUCCUCACGGGCGAGAUCAAGGCGUGGAACUAUGACGACUCGACAGGCAAAACCAGCAAGGCGUGGAGUGUACGCCCGACGAAGCGGACCGCUCGUGCCCUCCACUUUUCGGGAGAUGGGACCGAGUUGUGGAUGGGCGGAAAGUCGGGGAUUGUUGCCCAGAUUGACGCGGAAACCGGCGCUGUCAAAUGGCACGACGAUGUGGCCCACGAGUCUCCCGUCAACAGGGUCUUCAGCAUCAACCCCCAACUAAUCGCCUCUGGCGACGACGAGGGCGUCAUCAAAUUCUGGGACGCGCGAAAGCCCUCUCCCAUUAGGCAAUAUACUCAACACUGGGACUACAUUUCCGACUUUACUUAUUUCGACGAUAAGCGGCUCCUCGUCUCGACGAGUGGGGAUGGACAUCUUUCGGCGAUUGAUAUUCGGCGCUCGAAAGCUGAGCCUCUGCACCAGAGUGCAGACCAGGAAGACGAGCUUCUCUCCAUCACCCAGAUCAAGGGCGGGGACAAGUUUGUCGUUGGCACGGGACUUGGCGUGUUGAGUAUUUGGGAUCGAGGCAAGGGGUGGGGGGAUAGCGUUGAUCGGAUGCUCGGGCAUCCGGCGAGCGUUGAUGCGGUUGUGGCGCUCAGCGAGGACAUUGUCGCUACGGGGAGCGAGGAUGGGAUGGUUAGGGUGAUCCAGAUCCAGCCUAAUACUUUCCUCGGCGUUAUUGCCACACACGACGAGUACCCUAUCGAACGCCUUGCCCUCGACCGGUCGAGCAAGUGGCUCGCAUCGGUUUCGCACGACGAGUGCAUCAAGCUCACGGAUUGCGAGGGCAUGUUCGAGGACGACAGCGAUGCCGAGGAUGUCGAGAUGGGCGAUGACACCGACGAGGGCGGAGCCGGGGACGCAGAAGAGACGAUGGACCAGGACCAGCACCAGGACAGCGACGACAACGACGACGACGACGAGUCAGCGCCCGCCGCACCCGUCGAUUGGGGAUCCGACAGCGACGACGACAUGCCCCAGCAGCCCAAAAGGAAGCAGCGCAAGGGGCAGCACAAGGUCGGCAAGGACCGUGUUCACGAGGACGCGGGCUUCUUCGACGACCUCUAA